CGUUCUCCCUCCCAUUCAAUACCCCUUCCUCUCCAAGCAUCUCUUGUUCUAUAAAAUAAAUCAAAUUCAUCUCUCAUUGAAUAUUCCUUCCAAUUCAUCUCUCUCGUACACAUACAUACAUACAUACUCUAUCUCAUUCAUCCCUCAAUAUUUUUAUUGCAAUGGAAGUAGAGGAUGACUGGGAACUUCCGGGGGAGGAGGAGGUUGAAGUCGGUCAUACUUUACUGGAUUUUCCCAACACCUGGCCCAAACGCGAGUUGGUUGGUCGCACCACUUUCACGUGGGGUUUCAAGAAGAAACGAUCAAUACUGUUGGAUAUGAAAUCGGAAUCGUUAAGUCAACCAGAGAAAAGCCCCUCAACUCCGCUUUCUUUCUUACCCUUACCAAGUGGUGGUGAUCAUAAUAAUCGUAAACCACCCUUGGCUCCUACUAAAGUUUUCAAGAGAAAGGCAACAGAUGAUUUAAUGGAGGUAUACAAUAGAUUGCAGCAAGAAAAAGAGACUCUCGUGAAGCAACUAAAAGCUAUGAAAACCCUACAUCAAGAUCUUACUUAUGAAAAUCUGGAACUAAAAGCAAAAGGACAAAAGAUAAAAUAUCCAAGAAACAUGGAAGAUUACCAUAUCUGGAACAGUUCUAUGAAAACAGUUGGUCAACAAAUUACCAUGUUUGCCCCUGCAAGAACUCUCCGUUGAGCCAUGAAACUAUCUAAUUCAAAAGCUUGUAGAUAACUGUUGUUUGACUUUUGUUAGUCAACCUUAAAGAUGAUAGGGGUCGUUUGGUAAUUUCGUACAAAAGGAUAUCAAAACUAGUAAACUACUUGGAUUGUUUGGCUAUUCGUGUUAGUUUCGGGUCGGGUUAGCAACCCAUUUGUGAAUUAGUUGGAUGUUGGAACACAUUUGAGCAAAUUAUUUUUGUUGAUGAAAGAGUUAUAA